CGCGACCGCCUCUCCCUCCCGCCCUUCCCUCUUUUCCUCUGGGCCGGCCUGCCCGCUGAUGCGCUUUGCGAAAGGCGGCCGGGCAAGUGGCUACGGCGAUUCCUGUCACGCUUGACCGUGACCAUGGCCGAGAAUCACGCCCAGAACAGAGGCAAGCUCAUCUGCGAGACCCGCCAGCGGUUCGAAGCCGAGUAUGUGACAGAUAAACCUGAUAAAUAUGACCCACGUGAUAUUGAAAGGCUACAACAAGAUGACAACUGGGUGGAAAGUUACUUAUGUUGGAGACAUAAUGUGGUGGAUGAAACACUGAAGAUGAUUGAUGAGAGUUUUCAGUGGAGGAAGGAACUAGCUGUCAACGACCUCAGCGAAUCUUCCAUUCCCCAGUGGCUGUUGGAAAUAGGUGGCAUCUAUCUCCACGGUUAUGACAAAGAAGGCAACAAGUUGUUCUGGAUCCGUGUGAAGUAUCAUGUGAAAGACCACAAAACUAUCAUGGACAAAAAGAAGCUCAUAGCAUUCUGGCUGGAACGAUAUGCUAAAAGAGAAAAUGGGAAGCCUGUGACUGUUAUGUUUGACCUGUCUGAAACCGGAAUAAACAGCAUAGACAUGGACUUUGUACGCUUUAUCAUCAACUGCUUUAAAGUUUAUUACCCUAAAUACAUUUCAAAAUUUGUCAUCUUUGAUAUGCCUUGGAUAAUGAACGCUGCUUUCAGAAUUGUGAAAUCCUGGCUUGGCCCAGAAGCAGUGGGUUUGUUGAAGUUUACAAGUAAAAGUGAAGUCCAAGAUUAUGUCAGUGUAGAAUACCUGCCUCCCCACAUGGGUGGAACUGAUCCUUUCAAGUAUAGCUACCCACCACUAGUAGAUGAUGACUUCCAGACACCGCUGUGUGAAAAUGGACCGAUCACCAGUGAGGAUGAGGCUUCAAGUAAAGAAGAUCUAGAAAGCGAUGGCAAAGAAACCUUGGAAAUAGUUUCCAGUGAAGAACAAGCAUGUCUUCCCAAAAAGAGUAACCUAACUGACACUACUCCCAAAGAAGAAAAUGAAAAAGUUGAUUCCAAAAUGAAAAUUUUCAAGAAACCAUCCAGUGUGUUUAAAGGGCCCUUAUUACAUAUCAGCCCAGCGGAAGAACUGUAUUUUGGAAGUACAGAAUCUGGAGAGAAGAAAACACUAAUAGUAUUGACGAACGUAACUAAAAAUAUAGUGGCAUUUAAGGUGAGAACAACUGCACCAGAAAAAUACAGAGUCAAGCCCAGCAACAGCAGCUGUGACCCUGGCGCAUCAGUUGAUAUAAUUGUGUCUCCCCACGGUGGUUUGACCGUCUCUGCCCAAGACCGUUUUCUGGUAAUGGCUGCAGAAAUGGAACAUUCUUCUGCCACGGGCACAGCAGAGCUGACUCAAUUCUGGAAAGAAGUUCCCAGAAACAAAGUGAUGGAACACAGGUUAAAAUGCCAUAUUGUUGAAAGCAGUAAACCAAACACUCUCAUGUUAAAAGACAGUGCUCUUACUAUGUCAGAUAAAGCCAGUGAAGAUCUAGCUCUACAACUCAGUCAUUUACUAGAAAGCAAUAGGAAGCUUGAAGACCAAGUUCAGCGCUGUAUCUGGUUCCAGAAGCUGCUGCUUUCCCUAACCGUGCUCUUGCUUGCUUUUGUCGCCUCUUCCUUCUAUGUGUUGUACAGUUAAAGAAAUGGCGCUGCGUACAUAGGAAAGACGGCUCCACUAGCUGGAAAAAGUAACACACCCCAAACUUCACCUUGCUACUAACAGUGCCGCACAUCUGUGCUUCUGGAAAGGAAAUGUAUGACGCUCAGAGGGGGACAGAUACAUGCCUGGGAAAAUAAACUAUUAGAAUAAAGAAAUGCUGGAGAGAUUUGAUUAUAGCAGACUGUAGCUAGUUAAUAAUGUAAGUAACGGUAUAUUUGUUGUAUAAAUUAAUUGUUUAGUAUAAUUUAUUUUUUUUCAUUUUGACUUGAAAACCUUUAACUCUUAAGUUUUAUAAUGUAUAUACAUUAGCCAAACUUAAAAAUAGAGGUUAACAUGCUUUGUUGCAGCCAGAAAGUUACCUACUGUCUUUUUUUUUUUUUCUGACAGUCACUAUAGCUGAGCCAACCUGGUGGUUUUUCUAUACUAUGUAAAUAUAGACUAUAUAUAUAUGGGGGUAGGGGGUACAGAGUAAUUUAUGUGAUCUUGAGAGUUACUUCCAGGUGAUAGUUAAGAUUCUUUGGGAAUGUAAAACUAUUCAAUGCCAAACCACCUGUCACCUUUUGUUUCUUCUCGCCUAUACAUUCUAUCACUCUCGGCUCGACCUUUUUUUUCAUGAACACUCUUAUUUAGGCAAAAGUUGAACAGAGCACUGGUCGGAUUUCCCUUUAAUUCUGUUCGUGACGUGCAGAGGCAGGCAGAGCUGUCCAGUCUUGUGUAUGCACUUUCCUCUUGCUCUGUGGCUGGACACUGACCCUUGAACUUCAUUGGUUAUGUAGGCCUACCCACUCCAGCACACCCUCUUUGCCUUUACUGGAUGCAAGGAGUUGGGUCAGGUGCUUGGAAAUGUGACUUGUUUAGAUGCAGAGUAAUAUAGCUUACUUUUUCAAAUCCUUGUUAAUUUGACAUCAGCCCUGAGAAGAAGACUGGAGUUAUGGCUGCGGGGUGGGAAAAGAGGAAAAAAAAAAAAAAAAUCGAAACUCGAGUGUCAAAGUGUGAAAAAUAGAACAUGUGGUGGAUGGCUGUAAAACCUUCGGACCAGAGCUAAUUAUCUUGCUUGAUAAUCUCUGCCUCUGUCAAGGAUGCUUCCAAAUUUCUGUUAAAACAAGGAAGCAGAAGCUGUUGAAAUUAGUAUUUUUCUCAUGAAUAUAACUGGUUUAAGUCCAUGUUGGUUCACCUGUAAGACUGCUUGAUAUGAAAGAAAAACUAGUCUGAAUGUAAAAUAAAUUUUGAGUUUCGAUUAAGCUAUGUUUGGAUAUAAUUUUUUUUUCAUUACUCUGAAAAGGGAUAUAGUCUUGGUAACUUUUUGUCUUGACAAGUUGAUGGUCCCAAAAUUGAGUUAUGAAGAAUGAUGUACUAGCGUCCCUUCGAAACUGGCCUAGGAAAUAAAACCUUAAAAGGA